CUAAAAAUGAAAUUUGAAGCAAAAUCUUAAAGUUCUCUGCGACUUGAAAACUGUAAUUUUCAUGGUAAAUCUUCUGUUUCCAUUUUAAGUUUCUGUGAUUUUUCUUGCCGUGGGAAAAACAAGCUUUUUUCUGCCCAUCAUGCUCCUCCGUCGACUUGUUGUGGCGGUUCCUCGCUCAAGAAGGUUCUUUAGCAGUGACAGCAGCCAUGAUCUCUCAAGCUCCAUUGCGGAGCUCAAUAAGGAAAUGGAAUCAAUCUUUGGUGAACCUCCUCCAGAUGGGUUUGCUGGGUCUAUGGAUACAAGUUCUUCGGCUCAAGAAUCCGAGUACAAGACUCGUGGGAUUUCUAGUUGUGGCAGUAAUGAUUUUAUGCCUCCACAAACCCCUAAUAUGUUGCAAAAUUUAGGAGAAAAUAUAUCAGGUCUGACUCAUGUUGGCAGCUCAGGGGAAGCCCAGAUGGUAGACGUGUCACCCAAAGAAAGUAGCAAGAGAACAGCAACUGCUAGUUGCAAAGUAAUUCUGGGGAAAAAGGUGUUUGAUUUGGUUUUGGCCAACCAGAUGGCUAAGGGAGAUGUCCUUAGCGUGGCAAAAAUCGCUGGCAUAAGCGGUGCUAAGCAUACUAGCAGCCUCAUACCGCUAUGCCAUAACAUCACUUUGACCCAUGUUCGAGUUGAUUUAAGGCUGAAUCCUGAGGAUUUUAGUGUUGAGAUAGAAGGGGAAGCUUCUUGCACAGGUAAAACUGGGGUUGAAAUGGAAGCAAUGACAGCUGUGACCGUUGCUGGACUAACAGUGUACGACAUGUGCAAGGCUGCUUCCAAAGAUAUCCAAAUCACAGAGGUACGGCUUGAGCGUAAAACUGGUGGGAAGAGUGGAUCCUGGUCCAGGGGGGAGUAAUGGUGGUUUAUGAUGAGGAAAGUGAUGUGGAUUGUGCUGGUUAGCUUUUCUUAGUGGAAUUUUAUUACGCUUGUCAUCAAAAUGGAGGUAUUCUCCCGUUUUCUUUUAAUUAUUAUCAUGGAAUUUGGUGGCAAAUUAAAUAUUUCCAAUUUAAAGUUUUUAACCAUAAGUUAUGAUCAACAAUACAAAUAAAAAAAUGUGAACAGGACAUAUAGGCUUCAAAUGAUUUCUCCUGUUUCUUUACUUGAACUGCUUACUAUGAGUUUAAUCUCCUUUUGAAAUGAUUUCUGCUUCACAGUAAGCUGACUCUAUUCUCCAUUGAUGUGCAACCUUUCUGCAAAACUUUUCCAUUUUAUGUACUUCUUGGAUGCUGGAAAUUUAAAAGACA